AUGAAUAUUGAAACUCUGCUGUUAUGUCUCAUUGUCUGUAUGGCAGGUUCAGUAAGAAGCUCAAGAAAUCAAAUGUUCUUUGCAGAAAAAAUGUUGGAAAACAAAGCUGUCAUGAGUAAUUUAAUAACGAAACUCCAUAACAUAUCGCCAACUCAGUGUUCGUAUAUUUGUCUACAGCAGAAAUGCGAGUGUUUUGGGUUCGAAUCCAAUACUAAAACAUGCCGUAUUCACGCGUUCUGUAGACUAUAUAGCACGUCUGUUGAUGAAGCUGGAUGGAAAUACUAUCGAACAGAAUGGGCUACUUUCAUGAGCUCAGAAUAUUGGUUGGGGCUUAAAGAGGCAACAUGGAGUGACGCUGCAAUUGAUUGUUUGUCAAAAGGCGCUAAACUAGUUGAAAUUGAAUCAUCUGCUGAGGAUAAUUUCAUCCUUACUCUUGCCAUGGAGCUUACACGAAACGUUUGGCUGGGAGGCACUGACAUGACUGUAGAGGGGAAAUGGGUGUGGCAAUCUACCGGCACCUUGUUCUCAUACAGCGCCUGGGACAUGGCUAGAGGACAACCGAAUAACUACGCGAACCAGGAUUGUCUCAGCCUUUAUCGACCAUACGGCCUAACUUGGUGUGACGAGAGUUGUGGGGCAAGUUAUCAAUACAUCUGCGAAAGAGAGAUAAUUACAACUGUGUGA